CCUCUCCCUAUAUAACAGACAGUGAAUGUGUGAUAGCAAUUCACAGCAUUAGAAACCUGGAAGAAUGAAGUGUGGUGGCUGCUUUCUCUUGCCUUGCAUCCUCUUCCUGUUUUUUAAUGGAGAAUAUGCCGUCUGUACCCCUCUCUCCAUCCCAAAUCAGGACACCUCACUCUCAGAGCAGGUAAAUGAGGGUGACAAUUGCUGCACUGAUUGAUAGAAUCUCUAAUAUAGCUAUUGAUUUAUGACAAUGUUCUAGCUUAUUUUUACCUGGUUUAAAAGUAUUAUUGCACAUGCAUGAAGAUUGAAAACCAAGAUUUAAGGCCAUAACGUUCAAGCUGGAUAAUUUUGCCAAUCUGGUUAUAUUGAAUGAAAAGCUGCUCUCUCCUUGUUGAAUCUAAAAAUUCCGGGUUAGUGAAAAGCUGUAAUUGUUAUGUUUUACUUUUUAUUUAUUACUGGUAUUUAUAAAGCACCAACAGAUUCCGCAGCGCUGUACAAUUAGUGGAGAACAUACAAUAUACACAGACAAAUACAAAAGGUAGAGAGGGCCCUGCCCGUAAGCUGAAAGCUUGCCAUUUAAACUCUUUUAUACAAAGUGCUUAGGUAGAUUGUCCGCGAGCUUACAAUCUAAAGGAUACCGUGGGGAUUUGAGACAAGAGGUGGCAGGGGAAAUUUGGAAGUGAUGGCUAAAUAAGUAACAGAGAGUUGCAGCUAUUGGUAGAAUAUAGAGGGAAUGAAGAGGUGAAUGUGUGAGAAUUUUAAACAGCUGGAGAAGCAUGCUAUAAAUUUAGGGGGAACCUGGGUGGGCGAGUGGUUCUGCUCUGAAUAUUUUUACAUUUGAUAAAUAUGCCCAUUGGUUUCUGAAAAUAUAUCUAUUCCAUACCUCCCGUUAUUUCAAAUAGACAAAGAAGGACACUUUAAUUGUUGGGGUGUAAAAUGUAAUUUAGAAAUGUAGUCAAAUUGCUGUAUUAUUGCUGUGGAGCAAUGUUAUAUACUCAUACACCACACAACAACAAUAUGGAGCUCCUAGAAUAGAGAGACGUUAGGAGAGAAAAGAGGGACAGAGGGAUUUGGACUCAAAAUAGGGACUGUCACUCGUAAAUAGGGUUACAUAGAAGGUAUGCUACUCUUUACCUAUCCAAAUAGUCCUGUACUCUUUCAUUCAAUUCUCUAAUGAUCAUAAUGUAUGUUAUAGAAGCUUGUGAUAUAAAUACCAUCUCUUUCAUUUGUUUAAAAAAAUAACAAAAAUCUCUAUUGUGCUAAAUAAUGAAUUUAUUUGUAUAAUGUAGGUUUUUGUAUGAACAGAAAUAUAUUUUUUUAAAUAUUUUAUAUACACGUGUUAGGAACUGUCAAAACUCAGUGUAUGGUAUUUUACUGACGUAUUUUUAUCUAAUACACUAAUAAAUAUUGUGUGUCUGAAGGGUAAACGGCUCACCAGAGCGUUCAUCUGUCCGAUACACCAUGGGACUUAAUCACUAAACUAGGCAUUGAGGAGAACUGACAAUUACAUUUUAGAUCAAAAUAAGCCAUAUUGGAAAUAUUCUCCAACUUAAUUAUUUGUUGAGCUUGACUGAUUUGACCUGACAUUUACAAUUCCCCUGUCGUUUAUCGAGUUUAGUAAAUAACACCAUAUGGCUUUUCGCAUAAAGAUAGCGGUGAAAUACCUGAGAUGCUUUCUGGGAACAAACGUUAAAACAAGAAAUGUUCCAUGAUCAUAGCCACAACUCAUACAGUGCCAGCAAAUUCUAGCAACUCGGUGUACAGUACUUAAAUGGUAUUACAGUAAUUGGUAUCACGGAGGCUUGCCAAGGCAAAAGCCAACGAUCACAUACUUCUAAUCUAGUCAAUAGGAAAUGUGAACAGGCGAAGAUCAGAGGUUUGUUUCAUUCAGCCCACGGCUAGUUAUAUCAUUUUAUUGUAAGUGUCUCUGUUAUCCAAAUGGCGACACAAAUAUCCAACCUAUAAUUCCAACUGAAUUCAGAUUUUUUUUUUCAAGAUCAGCCAUUUUUGCCUACAUCAUGCCCAAUUUUCAUCUGCUUUAGCUGAGAGUUUAUAUGUUUGUCCUUUCCAGCAGUAUAAAUCCAUAAGCCAAGAAUGAAAACUGGGGACUUUGCGUUUUAUUAUUCUCUUUAUAUAUGAAUACAUACAAGAGAGGAUACAGCUGUAGUUCUACAACAUAAAAACAAAUGAUGGUGUAACACUGUAAAAUAAAUGUAAAAUGCUUAUAGCGCAUAUAUAUGAUGUAGUCAUAUGAUAUUUAAGGGAUAAUCGUUGGGAUAUCCCUGGAGGAAGCUGUCACCACUAUCCACUGAGAUAUGUGCUUUUUUUUUCACUUCCCUAUGGUUUUUAGGUGUUAGUGAUUAUUUUUGUUGUAUAUAUUCUAUUUAUAUGGCUUAGUAAAGAUCUCUGGCACUUGUUACUUUGUUUUCUUUAACUAUUUCACCAAUGCUACGGUACGCACCAAAUUAAUCACCUCAACCUCAUGACUAAAAUUCAUCUUUUAUUCAUGUGUCUAUACAUGUUUAGUAUGGGUCAAUGGCUUUGUGUUAAAUAUCCCUAGGAAAACUAAACUAACCAAAUCCUGAUGGAUGUCAUUCAAUGUGAAUUCAAACUGAAUUUCAAAUUUCAGGCCAAAGUGGUCAAACUGCAAGUAUAACUCCGGUAGAGAAUUUUUCCAGUUUACUAUUUUGACCUUUUUUUAAUUUGCUUUGAAUUCUCACAUUAGUGAAUAAACCAGUUAAUCUUCUCGCACGUUUCUCCCUUAUGAAAGAAUCUCUAACUCUGCACAUUAAAUAAAUCUAAACAUAAACGUUCAAAUUCUAUAGCACAUUGUGCAAAAAAUGGCCAAUAAACAAAAGGUAUAAACUAUAUACCUCCAGGCUUGAAACUGAAAGUUCACAAAGAGCAGUGGGAGUUUUUGGAACUACACAGAAGUUGUUUUGGUUCUAUUAGAUUUCUUUGUCUAUUAGAACCAUCGAAACCAAAAGAAUGUCUCUCUCGGUGAAAAAUGUCAUAAUUAUUCUAGAUCAGAAUUCUACGGCAGAGAUUUAAAAAAAAAAACAGGUGCUAAAUAAGGAGCAAUCACCAUGGCAACACAGAAUUUGUUUUGGUUUUAUUAGAUUUCUUUGUCUAUUUGAACCAUGGAAACCAAAAUAAUGUCUCUCAGUAAAUGUGUAUUCAAUACACCACUUUGCACCCAAAAUAGCACAUUGCUUUACCAUAUCCAGAUAUUUUAUAUUUCUCUGCAUAACAUGGUGACUUUUUAUAUUUUUUAUACCAUUUCCUUUUUAUUUCAAUAUGUUGUCCUGAAAUAGAAAGUCAUCAUGUUAUGCAGAGAAAUAUAAAAUAUCUGGAUAUGAAAAGGAGCAUGGGUGAGAUGUACUAAGAGAUGUAGAAGGAGAUUGAUCAAGGUAAAUCAAUGUGCUAUUUGGGUGCAAAGUGGUGUAUUGAAUACACAUUCACUGAGGGACAUUCUUUUGGUUUCCAUGGUUCAAAUAGACAAAGAACUCUAAUAAAACCAAAACAAAUUCUGUGUUGCCAUGGUGAUUGCUCCUUAUUUAGCACCUGUUUUUUUUUUUUUUUAAAUCUCUGCAGUAGAAUUCUGAUCUAGAAUAAUUAUGACAUUUUUCACCAAGAGGAACCUUUACCAUUUCACAUUAUUACAAUCUAUUACAAAGUGACCACAAGAAAAAUCUCAUGCACUUUAUAUCUAAUCUGAUUUAUGUGUCGUAAUGUCAGAUAUUAAUUGUAUUAUAUAUGAUAUGUUUUAUUUCAAUCUAUGGUCUAUUCAGUUUUAUUUAAGGAACACAUAAUCUCUUGAUACAUUUGAUUUACUAUCUGUGUGCAAAGAUGAAAUUGGGUACAGUGUUUGACAUAGACAUAGUGUGGAACCUCCCAGCAUUAUGGGAGGUGUAGACCGUAACAUCGGGAUGGUCUUUAUAUAUGGUUUGCAUAAUCCAACCCUGAUUGAUGCUUUUCCAUAACUUUAUCGCAGAUUUGUUUUGGUAGCUACUAGGUUCCUUUUAUAUUGUUUGUUUAGAUAUGUUUGGCAUAUAUUUGUUUAGACAGUCAUUGGGACCUUCCACCAACAGGUGUGUUUAUUUUAACAUUAUGACUCACUUUAUUGGCACACAGGUAACUAUAUGAUUAGUGAAGUCAUUUUGUUUUACCAGAACUAGAUGGGUUCAAAGAAAUUAGAAGAAUAUAUAUAUAUAUAUAAAAUCACAUUAUGGUGAAGCAUGUAUCUUACAAAAAGAGAGAAUUGUACUGUCUGAAUGGGAGAGAGGGUGAAUUAAUUGCGGCAGCUUUAUACAUAUAUAUAUGUGUAUGUCUGAUAAUAUUGUCCUAUAAUAUUCCUAUGUGUUAAGUAGAAAGUGUUUGCUUCAGGUAUCUUGCUUUGCUGGGAAGAGGUCUACGAGAUCCAUAGACAGCCUGUACCUGGGAAGUGAAGACAAACAGAAUGACUUACGCUUGGAAUUCCAGCUUGCAGACAUAACGAGGUAUCACUCAGAUUACGAUAAUAAUUGAAUACUGUGAAUUGAAUAAAAUGAGAGGUGAGAAUAUUAAUAAAUACCCUGAUCAAUAAAUAAAUACAUUAGGUGUAUGUAGCACUUACUAUAAAUAUAGGUUACAUUACAGUAAGUGGGUGGCCUUAUAAUAGGGACAUACAGAUACAUUAGAGCAGAAAGCACAUGUCCCACAGAGCAUACAAUCCGAGUGAGAAAAGGAGGCCUACAUCGAGGAGAAGGAAGUACAGUCUGUGGCUUCCAGGUUGGGGUUCCGUAUUUGCAUUGUGGCCUGGUUGGUUUCAUAGCUAGGAGUGGCAAGGGAAAAGGUUUUUAGUCUAGAUACAAUGGCGUUGCUUACACUGAUGGAUCCAGAGCCUUAUCUCGGGAGAUUAUUUAAAGAAACCAUCCAGGCACAAUAACCACUACAGCUCUCCUGGAAUUUUUCAUGUGGAUUCUUUACAUUGCUCAUCUAUCUAAUGAAAUGAAUUCCAUCCAUGAGAUUUAUUUUUGUUGCUCAGUUUAUAUUCACAGAUAAGGCCUUAUGCUGUCAAAAGUUAUCAAUACCCAAAAUACCCCCCCAAAAUUAUUUCCUCUCCAUUGAUAGAACAGACAUCGUCAUCAUCUUACCCCAGUGAAAUGUCCAAUAUAAAUGGUUUAACAUACGUUAUAUGUUUAGUAUAUCUACAACUGAGCUAUUUGUCCAGCUGAGUAUUUGGUUUCCAUGCUACUGAUGUGUACUAAAUGUGUCCCCGUCAAAAAGGCUAAGACCCACUAGUUUAGAGGUUCCUGGGCUUGUACAAGAAAACAGAUUUCCAAGAUUUUAUGUUUUGGUUUUAAGCCUAGAGUUCUUUGUGAUGCAAAUAAAGGGCUGCUCAGGCAAUAUCUACAGUAGUUGGAAUGCAGGGGCUUUCUGGGCAUCAUAACCCACAGUGCCUGGUAGAUUAAAGGUUGUCUAUUGGUGCUGUGAUGAGUCCCAUACUGCCCGCAGUAUUCCUCUACCCAUACAGCUUUGUUUGUGCUCCACAGUAACUUGUCCUCCUUUGAUUUGCGGACCUUUGAUUCGGAAGGCGUUAUUUUCUAUGGUGAUGUUGGCAAGGAUAACUGGUUUGUGCUUGGGAUACGUGAAAAGAAACUGGAGGUCCAGAUGAGCAACAGUCAUGGGCAAAUGAUUCUAUCCAAGUGGGGACCUGAUGUGAGUGAUGGUAAAUGGAGAAAGGUAAGAUAACAUUUAUUCAUUUUUAUAUCACAAAACUUCAAAUGCCAAGGUGGGCCAAAUAUGGGCAUGGUGCCUUUCCUGGGCAUCUCCUAAACAUGGUAGCAAUCACUGUGAUCACAGUGAUAUUGCUAUUUCUGGAUGCUUUACUAGUGACAUAUAAUAGAAAUAGCUGUGUAGCAUAAAUUACAAAUUGUACACACCAUAAUCUCUGUACAUGCUGUUACUGGAGAGUCCCACUCCUGAGUAACGGGCUGUCUGAGUCAUAGGGCCGCUGUCACCACUUGUCACAGCUAUCCUAUGGCAUGACUGACAGCUGAUCCCCAGCUGCAUCCUGGGAUCAGCUGUCAAAAUUAAAUUAAAUUAAAUUAGGCAAUCCAACACUAGUCCCUGAUUGAACCAAAGGCUGACCCAUCACCUUAGGAGCCAGUUACAGGAAUGAUCUGUCUUAAAGGGACACUAUAGUCACCAGAAACACUACAGCUUAAUGUAGAGGUUCUUGUUUCUACUGCUUGUCCCUGUAAGCAUUUUAAUGUAAACAUUGCCUCUUCAGGCUUUCACUCAGAUGGCUCCUAGAGGUGCUUCCUAGUCCAGUGCUGCACAGUGUGAAGCACCUACAUUAAGUGUCUCAAUGCUCUACAUGGAAACAAUGAAUGUUACCCAUAGAGAUGCAUUGAUUCAAAUGAUCUCUAUGAGGAGAUGCUGAUUGGUGCAGCAUGGGAAAAGCAUUGGCUUGGCUCAGAUCAUCAAGAUUAAAAUCCUAAACAUGUGAGGUAUUUCGCAAUAAUCUAUUUUGAGGGUUUAAAAAAAAAAUCUUUAAAGUUGCACUAGUUGUGUAGAAGUUAUUAAGUGCAAAACUGUGAAAAAUGUGUACAUUUUUCCCCAGCUUUUAUUAUAUAUAUAUAUUCAAAAGAAAGCCCUAACUUUCCUUUAAAAAAACCAAAACAAAACGAUAUACAGCUACUGAGAAGAAAGAAAAUUAACAUGGAAUGAACACAUAGCACAAAUUUUAACAAGGCCUCAGUCACAAAAUGAGGGAAAUUUGGAAAAUGGCCAGACACCAUGGGGUUAAGGUUUCAGCAAGACAAUGAUCAAUUGACAACUACAGGGCACUAUGGACGCAACAAUGAGAUUCAAAAGAACUGUUGCUCUGCUAAUGCAAUUUACACUGUGUUCUAAAACAUUUUCGAGAAGUUACUUGUGCUAGCUUCCUUAAUACUGAUUAUCAUCAUACGUAUCAACUGAAAAAUGCUUUGACAUGACGUCUAAAAUGUUAAACUGAAACAUGUUUGUCUAGAAUUUCCAAACAGCCUCCAUUGCAUGACAUGUACCUGAUCAACUUGUAUCUUCUUCUAGGUGUCAGUGGACAGCAGCAUCAAUACAAUUGAAGUGAGAGUAGACGGGGAGGUUGUGGUACAGUUAACACAUUACGUCAACACUCAGCAUACCCCUGUAAGUGUCUCUACUCUCGUCAUCAUCCUUGGUGACCUGCCAGAAGAAAGCAACCUACAGCUUUUGAAGCCGGUAAAAGGACUCCACUUAAAUCUCUUGAGAGAUUGUCGAAACAAUGUACCCAAAUAAUAUCAACCUAAUUGUAGCCAGCACACUCUAAUUCAUAGAAUUAUUAUUAUUGGUUAUUGUUAAUAAAGAUUAUCUUUGUUUAUAUCAUUUACGAGUUGGUGACAAUGCAAUAAUCUCAGACGCGAUGCUUAGCACCACAAUUCCAGAAGACUCCAGCUCACAACAUUCAGGUUUUCUUUAGUUCAAUGUCACCAGUAUGGCAACAUGCAUAUUUAUCCACAGAGGAAGCUUGAUAAAUCUUGAUAAAGACCCAGGAGAGUCGAAACGUUGAUUUUGUACUUUAAUACACUUUGAAAAAUUUCCCAAGGAGUACUCUCUUUAUUUACUUUCUACAUAAGCGCUGGAAGCACCCAGGUGGUCCCUGUUAUAGUGACAUAUUUUUUUGGGUGAGUCGUGAGUUUGAUAUAUAUAUAUAUAUAUAUAUAUUUUUUUUUUUUUUUUACAAAUAUAGAUGAGGGAAAAUGUUCAGUCACAGGCCCACAACACAAAGUAUGGUCUAUUCUUAACCAGUUAUAUAUAAAAUAAACCUCAAACAGCAGGUCCAGGUCAUUAAGUACUCUGUCUUAUCUCUCUUCAGCUGCAGCCCACCUUGGAUGCGUGCAUGCGUAACUGGGCCUGGGUGAAAAAGCACACACAAGCUCUGGAUAUGGCAAUGGAGACUGACGAGAACCGUCGUUGCUUUGAAAAGGAAGAGCCGGGCUCAUUUUUCCCUGUCCAUGGCUAUGCCAUCUUUAAACCAGACUGUAAGUGUUUUUUUUAGAUUGGAUAAAAAAUGCUUAUCUUACAUAACUCAUUGGAGAGCUGACAUCUCAAUGGCCAGUGCUUUACCUAGACUGACAUCUCAAUGGCCAGUGCUUUACCUACUUCACUUUCAGUAGUAGUUUGCUGUCAAUAGUAAAAUCUGAUAUUGAAACGUGAUGGAAAUAGAUAUUCAAACUGGAUAGAUUCUCAAGGUUUCUGUAUAACAGAAGCGUACCUCCUCGUCCUACUCUCUCUUAUGAAAUGCAUUGGUAAGCUUGUGAAAAUACACCUUUAUGUAAUGUAAAUCAUCUCACAUCUGGUAAAUCCCUACAACGUUUAACCCUUUAAGCACCAACAAAGAAAUAAUUCCUUUAUUAUACACCAGUUUUUAAAUAUUUCAUAUUGAAAUUAGGCACUCUUUUAUCGAGGCGGGGAAUCGUUAGAGCUUAAAACACUUAAUUCUGUACUGGCAUAGGGUCUUUGUGGGCUAGAUGAUAAUACUGGCAUGAAAAAUCACUGGUGCUUGAUGGGUUAAUCUACACCAUUAACAUUGGGAAGUAUGAAAAUGGGUCAGGUGGGAGGGUGUUUACAGUGGGCGUCACCAGCUAUGCAAUUUAUAUAUAUCACUGGUGACACCCAUAAUGAGCCAGCUCACCUGGAAAGUGGACACGUAUCCCUACUGAAAGGGUGGUUUAACCUGGCAGGCUGACCCCUAGCCUACAGGACCAUGCAGAGAGCCUGCUGAAGUACUUUUUUCAUGAUGCCAGGGCAUGCUGCACUGCACUCCCGCUGUGCUGCCGAGGGACGGUGGAACCAGACCCCAUACUCAGGACUCUCAUGCCAAACAUGGGACCGUUAGCAGCCCUGGUUAAUCAACCAUGCAAACCCAACUAGUAUGCCAGCAUUGCCAAAUAGCUCUCCCAGGGUUCUCUAAGCUUCUGCCCCACAAUCGAAUGACUUUCUGAUACUGGGAUAACCUUGCAACUGGAAUUACAAAUGAUACACAGGAGUUUAUUAAAAUGUCCCUUGUGCACGGAGCUUCAGAAUCUGUUGAUGAUUUAUAAUAUAUUCAUGUAUUAAAUCAUAAUUAACAAUAUUUCACGAUAUAUAUAUGUAUGUAGAUAGAUAGAGCAAAAAGAAUCACACUCCAGGGACUUUGUUCAAAGUUAAAGUAAAAAUUUACUUUUAUUAAAUCCAUUAAAAAUGUCGACAUUUCAGCUCCCACAUGGAGCUUUUAUCAGGACAGACAUUAUAUAUAUAUAAAUAUGUACACACUUAUUUAUUUUUUACACUCAAUUCUUUCACGAACUUUCUUCCUAUAACAUGUCAUUCUAUUUCAGCUAAUUAGACUUGGCAAGAAUGGCAACUAAUACUCAUACAAAGGUUUAAUUUGAUUUUGUUCCUAAUGUGUUAGGGGUCAGAAUUUAAUUUCAAUGUGUUUGUUAAUAGCUGUUUUCAGUUGUUUUUUUGUAAGCAGAAACAUGUUCCUAUGUACUCUGUGGUGUCUACACAGUGUUUCAAACAUCAGAUAAUGAAAUGUGGGGUCUGUCUGUGAGAGUCUCCUUCCGGGUCAGAGAUGGCGGUGGAGUUAUAUUCUCACUACAUGGAGCUGGAAGUUCCACCAUACUAACUGUUAACCUGGACUGGCAGAAGCAGGUUAUGUAAAGUCUAAGUUCCUUCCUUUCUCUUCACAUCAUUAUCUCCAUGUUGUCUUAAUGAUCUGUAUCUACCUCAAGUCUGCCUUUGCUGUCUUCUACCCCUCUCCAAUCUCUGCUCUCUACCCCACUGCUGUCUCCGUUAUUAACCAAUCUCUGAUGUCUACCCCACUGCUGUCUCUGCUAUUAACCUAUCUCUGAUGUCUACCCCACUGCUGUCUCUGUUAUUAACCAAUCUCUGAUGUCAUUGUCUACCCCACUGCUGUCUCUGCUAUUAACCUAUCUCUGAUGUUUACCCUACUGCUGUCUCUGUUAUUAACCAAUCUCUGAUGUCUACCCCACUGCUGUGUCUGCUAUUAACCUAUCUCUGAUGUUUACCCUACUGCUGUCUCUGUUAUUAACCUAUCUCUGAUGUCUACCCCACUGCUGUGUCUGCUAUUAACCUAUCUCUGAUGUCUACCCCACUGCUGCUCUGCUAUUAACCUAUCUCUGAUGUUUACCCUACUGCUGUCUCUGUUAUUAACCUAUCUCUGAUGUCUACCCCACUGCUGUCUCUGUCCUAUCUCUGAUGUUUACCCUAUGCUGUCUCUGUUAUUAACCUAUCUCUGAUGUUUACCCUACUGCUGUCUCUGUUAUUAACCAAUCUCUAAUGUCUACCCCACUGCUGUGUCUGCUAUUAACCUAUCUCUGAUGUUUACCCUACUGCUGUCUCUGUUAUUAACCUAUCUCUGAUGUCUACCCCACUGCUGUGUCUGCUAUUAACCUAUAUCUGAUGUCUACCCCACUGCUGUCUCUGCUAUUAACCUAUCUCUGAUGUUUACCCUACUGCUGUCUCUGCUAUUAACCUAUCUCUGAUGUCUACCCCACUGCUGUCUCUGCUAUUAACCUAUCUCUGAUGUUUACCCUACUGCUGUCUCUGUUAUUAACCUAUCUCUAAUGUCUACCCCACUGCUGUGUCUGCUAUUAACCUAUCUCUGAUGUUUACCCUACUGCUGUCUCUGUUAUUAACCUAUCUCUGAUGUCUACCCCACUGCUGUCUCUGUUAUUAACCUAUCUCUGAUGUUUACCCCACUGCUGUCUCUGCUAUUAGCCUAUCUCUGAUGUCUACCUCACUGCUGUCUCUGCUAUCAACCUAUCUCUGAUGUCUACCUCACUGCUGUCUCUGCUAUUAACCUAUCUCUGGUGUCUUCCUCACUGCUGUCUCUGCUAUUAACCUAUCUCUGGUGUCUACCUCACUGCUGUCUCUGCUAUUAACCUAUCUCUGGUGUCUUCCUCACUGCUGUCUCUGCUAUUAAAAUAUCUCUGAUGUCUACCUCACUGCUGCCUGUGCUAUUAAUCUGUCUCUGAUGUCUACCUCACUGCUGUCUCUGCUGUUAACCUAUGUCUGAUGUCUACCUCACUGCUGUCUCUGCUAUUAACCUAUGUCUGAUGUCUACCUCACUGCUGUCUCUGCUAUUAACCUAUCUCUGAUGUCUACCUCACUGCUGUCUCUGCUAUUAACCAAUCUCUGAUGUCUACCUCACUGCUGUCUCUGCUAUUAACUUUGCUGGUCUGCCUUGCUCUUAUCUCUCCUGUCUACCUUGUAUCGUCUACCUCACUUCUGUCUCUGCUGUCCAUCUCAAACCUCACUCUAAUGUCUAUCUUGCACCUGCUGUUUACCUCACUUCUGCCUAAGCUAUCUAUCUAGCUGAUGUCUCUACUGUCUCUCUCGCCUGUCUCCACUUUCGUUCCUUGCUCCUGUCUCUGCUGUUUACCAUGGUGCUGUAAUCCUCGCUACUGUCUCUGCUGUUAUCCUUGUUCCUGUUUUUCUGUUUAUCUCGCUUCUGUUUCUACUGUCUAUCUCACUUGUUUCUUGGCUCUCUAACUCACACUUCUUUCUUUAUCUUGCUCUGCCAGCUUUAUACAGCAAAUGGACUUGUGUUAUUUAUCUGUGGUAUGUUCUUCCUCUUGAAAAAAACCAUUCUUUACGUUUUUGGAUAUAAUUCUCCUCUAGAAAAAACCCAAGAGAAUAUACAGGUAACUGAACGACCAUUUCAUCUAUCCACAGAUUCUUGCCGUGACUCUGUUCAAUAAACUAACAGGUUCUGUGAUGUUCCCGGUGGAUUUGUGUCCAAGCCACUGGCAGUUUGCAGACAUCCUAAUCCAAUCGAACAAAUUGUCCCUGAAGGCAGGAGAGGCUACAUCAUCUUGGGACAUUGUACCUGCUGACCUCAAGGCUUUGGAAGAGAGAUGGAUAGAUCCCGCUGCUGACAUUUAUAUUGGAGGUCUUCCAGGUAUAUGUUAAUUCUAUAAAUUGCCUUUCCUGGCAGAUUUGAUUUCAAUAUAUUAAAGCAGUAGAGUAAAGGCUAGGUGCUAAAAUGGAAUCAAAAAUAUGUUAACUCGAAAUGUGAGCCAUUUCGUGGUUAAAUCACAAAGACUCAUAACCCUCCCUACCCACUUACUGAAAAAGAAUCAGCAUUUGUUUUAGCUUCCUUUAUUGCACAUUGUGUUUAAUUUAGAAUCUGCUGCUUUUUUUUAUUGGACAAUAGGUAAAUUUUCUCAGUGCCGGUAUAAUACAUACUUCCUGUCUUUCCAUAGAUAAUUCUGCCAAAGAAGCAUCACAUUUCUCUGGAUGUUUGAAGAUAACUCUUCAAGGCAAAGUUAUAGAUCUGGACAAAGCUCAUUAUAAACAUCCACAUGUGCGUAGCCACAGCUGUCCUGUGGGGAUAUAGGGAAGAUCUCACAACCUUCAUGUACAUAUUAAAAAGUAACAAGUUGUAUUUACAGCACUAUGUCUGAAUGAGUUUCCAACUUACUUUUAGACAUGGAGCUUUGUUAUUGUAGCGCAAUUUGUAACGGGAUAAUUGUUGACCGCCAUCUUGGCACACACACACACAUUAUAACCAUUAAAUCCAGUUAUCACAGGGACUAGCCGACUGGCUAUCAUCAAGCUAGAGGUAAGAAGCUAUACUCGUUGCAUUAAGAAGACUAUGAAUCUUCGGGAUGCAUUAAUAGAACUAAAAUAUAAACGCAAGUCAUAUGAAAGAACAUCAUUUGAAACCUGAGAAAUAAAUAUAAAUAAUGUACAUAAUCACAUGUAGCUGGGGGAGAGCUAUUCUCCACAUUGUGGUGCUAUCCUAUUAAAGGAACCAUAUGGGCACCAUAACAACUUAAUCAAAAUUAAGCCGUUAUGGUGCCCAGAGGUUAAGGGUGCUUUUUUUUUUUUACCGUAAAGGGGUUAAACUGGUCUUGAAUUUUAAAAGUUGAUCAGCAGAUAUCUCUUUCCCCAGCAGCAUCUGGUUUCAUCAAUUGAGUUUCAGGAAAUGCAAAGUGCCGCUGGGCAGUAGCGCUGCUAAUUGGCUAGAGUGGUCAGCUAAUGCUCCAUUCAUAAAACAUUACUUGGAGAGCAAACCCUUACCCCUUCAGGUAAGCCAAUGCUAGCGACCUCUGGGAACAAUAAUAACUUAAUUUAAAUUAAGUUGCUAUGGUGCCCAUACAGUUCCUUUAAAUCCUGACAGUUUUUCCUGAUAAAUUUUUGCGCAUGAGCAAAAAAACAUGAAACAUUUAAUAUACAAAGCCUACCAAUAUUCAUCACUUGCUUAGCUACCGUAGCGUAUGAAAAAGGUUUCCUAUAGACAAAGUAAUACCUACUAUGUCUUGUAUAUCUCCAUGGAGCUUUUUUUCUAAAUGGUCACAGCCAAAUUACUAUCUUUGAAGUUUGUUUUCCUGGCACAAUAGUGGUCAAUUAAGUGUAAUGAACAAACUAAGAUGAAUUUAACAAAACAAAAAAAAAACACACUGGGGAAUAGAGGAACAUGAUAAUUCUAUUUUCUUUUUAAAUAAAACCUGCAACAUGACCGUGUUGCUCUAAACCUGAUUGGCAGCCACAAUGUUUGAAUCACUGCAUGUUUGUGAAGAUCUACAUAAAUCAUGUAGGGGGUCAGCUUGGACAGUACCCAAGAAUAUUUAUAUUGGUAAUACAUAGAAAUUUAUUAUUAUUAAAGUAGAACAAUCACUAAGAAAAUAUGCAGAAAUAUGGUGAUUUCACCAGUUUUACAACUUUGCCAAACUCUUCCAUUAGGAAUACAAAUAUCCAUCCCUCUCCCAAAGACUCAGGCUAUUCUUAAUUCUGGGAAGAAAUCCACAAUCGAUAUGUAAUCACAUCGAAUUCUAGCGUUGUGACAUGGUAACAAUAAUGGUAUUAAUUUUUAAAAUACUUUAUUUUAUUUAUAAAAUGAAUUACAUCAAAAGAAGUAAAUUCUAUAUAUUAUAUAUAUAACAUACUUGUCAGUGUUUGCGGAUUGAUAUAGCCAGCAAGUAUGUAUUGAAAAACAGUCUGUGUGAGGUCAUCUUAGCUACUUUAGGCCAGAUUUUCAUUUUUAUCUACAGUAAAUGUGUCCCUUGUCUUUGGUGGUAGAUUUAUAAAUGAAUACAUUUAUUUUAAAAAAUGUAAAGGAAAUAACUAGAUAGGCAUAUUGUACAUCUCCUACCCCCGAAGUUAACAGUGCAUAGUUAAAGUAGACUUUAGCUUUUAAACCAUGUUUGUAUUGCAAAAAGUCAAAACACAAACUAUACGCGGUUUAAAUCUCCAGUUAUCCUUGCAAACAUUAUUUAGAUAUACCAAUAUAUUGGCUAUGAAAUAUUAUGCUUUAAGACAAAUGACAUUUAAACUCUGUACUAACUAUGCAUUUUCUUACAAUAAAGUUGUGUUUAAUACAUGAAACUUUCUUUGUAUCAAUUAUUGAUGAUGUAAGUGAUUAUUAUUAUUUUUUAAAUAUUGCAAUGAUUUAAUAUUUCUGAAAACCAUUUUACAUGAGUAUUGGUAUCAUAUUAAAGGGACACUCUAGACCGCUAAAGCACUUCAGCUGAGUGGAACUAAACUCUACCUGCCUUGCAAAUACAUCUAAUUGAGCUGCAUUGGGAGGUCUGUGAUUGGACAGUCACAGAAAGUCUGGGUUGGGUUGGAAUGGGAGGGCUUGCAAAGGCUUCAGACAAGAGAUCUGUAGCUGUUGCAAGCUGUUUUCAGAUAUACCUCCAAUGAAAAAAUGCAUAGUUAAGUACAUGCAUGUUUUCAUUGUGGGUAGAUCUAAUAAAAC